AUGCUAUCAUCACUGACACAUACCCAAGCUUCCAUCUCCCAAUCUCCACUCCUCAACGUCAAGAUGCUUUCCCGCGCCGCUACCCGUACCACGACCUCUCUGGUCACCAAGCGAGGCUUCCAGACCACUCGCGCUCGCAUGUCCUCCCCUUACCACUACCCUGAGGGCGCUUACAGCAACAUCCCCUUCAACCCUCGCAGCAAGUGGUUCGGUGUUGGCUACUGGACCUUCAUGGCCACUGGUUUCUUCGCUCCCUUCGGCAUUGCUGUCUGGCAGACCUACAAGCCCCAGUAA